UUUAAAUUUACACCAAGUAAACACGGCAGGGACCAAUGCUGCUCGAGUCCAGCGAUAUUUCACAUAGGAAUGGGUGUGAAGGGUCUUCAGCACUUUAUGGACCGCUGCUGUCCGGAAGCCUGUGUGACAGUGAAUCUGAGAGAGAUGGCCAGGCAGCUGCAGGCCUCCACAACCGCAGCUCACCCCAGCAACCCCACACUUGUCGUGGAUGGUAUGGCCUGCCUGCGCCACUGGUAUUCAUGUAAGGACUGGGUGUGUGGGGGUCAGUGGAAGGAAUAUUUGGAUAUCCUGAAGAGCUGGGUGGAGGCAUUCACCUCCACAGGCAUCCGACUGGUCUUUUUCUUUGAUGGAGUAGUGGAAGAGCAGAAAAGGCAAGAGUGGGUGAAGAGGAGACGCAGAGUGAAAGGAGAGAUUUCUAAGGUAUUUUGUCACAUCAAAGAGCAUGGAGAUCAGCCGGGUAGAGAGCUCUUUUGUCUGCCUUCAGGACUGGCAACAUUCACACCCUUUGCUCUCAGGUCAUUGGGUCAGGAGGUGUUUUGCUCGGUGCGGGAGGCAGACUAUGAGAUUGCCAGCUAUGCUCGCCAGCAUGGCAGCAUGGGAAUUCUGGGAGAGGAUUCAGACUUCAUCAUAUAUGACAGUGCCCCCUAUUUGUCUGUGGCAAAGCUGCGGAUAAACAGCCUCACCACUGUCAUGUACGAUCGACAGAGGUUUUGUCAAACCAUUGGACUGGCUGUUACCCAGCUGCCACUGUUGGCCUGUCUCCUGGGCAAUGAUGUAGUGUCAAAGGAGAAGAUGCAGGAUGUCAGGAACGAUGCGAUGACAGCAUACAGGAAAAACAAUCCUGUACCGCAUUAUGGUGCUCCACAGGGGCAGGUGGUGCUAGCAGUGUCCCAGCUUGUGAGCUCUUUGUGGAGUAUAGAGGAGAACGAAACUGAACUUGUCCCUCAGUCGCUGAAUCUCUCAGGUCCUAGUAGAGAGCUACUGAAGAAAGGCGUUUGCUCGUACAUACUACCUGGGCAGAAAGCUUUCAAGCUGUGUGAAACCGUUUCACUUCCCUCUGCCUUUGAGAAAUAUGUUAGUCCAGAAAUCUUGAAGGCAUGUAGAGAGAAGCAUGCAGCAGCAGAGGGUUUCAUGGUUUACACUGUCUUGUGUGUGGGCGUCACUGAGUGUAGCAACACUCUGGAGGAUGAGGAGGACUCUGAGUUAAUGCCUCAAGCCCUUGUCUACAAGCCCUGCAGACAAUUCAUCUAUGGUCUGCUCCUUCUGCUUGGGCAUGAUGGCAGCACUGUGGACCUUCCAGCAAUCAGGGAAUGGUUUGUCUUCCCCGGAAACCCUUUGAAGGAACCUGACAUAGUCCACCCUGUCCCACUCAGCCUCUCAUGUGAUGAACCCAGUCUGGAUUUGUUAUGGUUUAGCACUGAUCCUGAGGUUUCUGCUCUUCGCCUGAAGGCCUUCCUUACAAUUUUUGGCUGUCCCGAGUUCUCCGAGCUGUGUGGAGUUAUUGAAGACUCUCUCCUGGCUGCUCUCUGUCUGACCACAUAUUUAGUCCUACAGGUACAAACUUUAUCUCUAGAAGAUGUGGAUUCCUACCUGAGUCAGGCUGUAUGUCUGAGACUGAAAUCCUCUCAGGAGCUUCAACAGAUUGAGCUGCCUAUGCUUUCCAGUCGGGCGGUGCAGUUGGGAUCUCUGUACGUCCGAGGGCUGAGCCACCUGCUGGGUGCUAACUGUGCCAGCGGCUGCCCGCUGCCCAGUGCUGCUCUGAUGCCCUGGCACAGCUUCGAUGGACGGCUGUUCCACUCAAAGUACCUGCUGGCUCACAGUGGCGCAGAGAAAAUUGAGCUGCUGGACCACAAUUCGUCCAGCCUGUCUCUGUUCCUCCAGUUAACGAAGAAACUUACAGAAACCUGCAGCAUGAGAGGCAGAGUCCUGCAGUCCAGACCCAAAGCACCACAGCCACAUCCUAAAAUCACAACACAAGCCAGAUACAGAGACAGACACUCAGGUUGGGCUCCACGUGGUGGUGAGUGCUGGAAGCAAAGAGGGGAGACAGCAGGCGGCCAUCGACAAGGAAGGGGAUGGAGGGAGAGAGAGGAGGAAAGAAGAGCUCGAAGAGAAUAUGAAAGCACAGACAGACCGUGGGGGAGAGGAGGACACAGGGGAGGAGGUCAACAUUUUCACGAGUGCCACAAGGGAGAAACUCAGAACACAAGCUACCCUUCGAAGCCCAGAGGUCGAGCGUAUAACAACAGAGGGAAAUACCAGCUGGCUCCAAGAUGGCCACAGCCUCCUGCUCCAGGAACAUAACUCAACAAGGAUUAGAAGGGAAGACUUAGGCAACGACGAGGAAAUGAAAGGCAUGAUAAAAGAAGAGGAGAGAUCUAAUUUCUCUGAACAAACUGAUUAUGAGGAUGCAGUAUGUAGAUAAAUAAGGAUUUAAAGGAGGAAGAAUGAAGAGGUUUGAAAUGCAUCUGGCAUUUUUGUCAGUUUAGCCUGAAUUUGUCUGCCUGUGUGUCUCAGUGGAGUCUGUCAUCAGCCCCUGUUUAAUCUCAGGAAAACCUGUUUUACUAUUACACAAAGUGAAGAGCAUAAAGUCAUCAAACAAGCACAGAAUGAGAUACUUCCAUCUUGCAUCUGAGAAGUGGAUUAACAGGUAACCCUCAAGGCUGUUUUUAUGUCUUAACUCAAACAAUAAAAGGCAAAGAUCUUAAAAGCUGUUUGUGUACAGUGGCUUAAUCCUUUCAAAGGAGUGGGUUUAACUAGAGAAACCAUGAUGCUGGUAUCAAAUAUCAAAUGAAAUGGGACAUCAGUGCCACACAGUUUACAUGCACUUCUGUAAUGGGAUACUAUUUGUCAGGUAUGCGAAACAACAAAGUGAGGAUACAGUAGUUGCUGGUUUUUUUUGUUUUUGUUUUGCCCUAAUAGUUAUUAAUGGAGAAAUAUGGAAACCGCUUGGUGAAGUUGUAGCACAGCAAAGGUCUUGACAGUCAUGUGAACUUUUAAUCAGAUUUAAAUUUCUCUGAAUGCUGGCACAGUUUUCCAGUUUUAGAUCACUUUACGUAUGAUUUAACCUGGA